UUUUAUUUGUACCAGUCUUUAGUUGCAGUGGCUGCUCUCCGCCGCAGGGGGAGCCCUCUCAGUCUCUGCUCUAAUUUCGUCCAGCGAAGAAGAAGUGGGAGCCACAACAAUAACACACGGCUAGCUACACCGAGAAGAAUAUCUACUAAAUGUCCCGUUUUUAGCUGGUCAGUCCAGUUUUAACUCAUGCAGGCAGCAGGUUUCCGUGAGUAGUGUGCCCGGCGGUGAAGACAGGCGCCAUGUUGUGCUGCUAACAGAAAUAACGGGCUGUAGUUUUUGUGACGCGCAUGUAAUAGAAGCUAACUUUAGCAUCGUAUUCAUCAUUUUUGGGUUUUGUGUUUAAUGUCAGUGGUGUGUGGAGCCGAGCAGACAUGGAGAGCUUGUACAAGCGCAAAAUGUUCGCGUCCAUGCGGAAAACCAAAGUGGACGCGUCCAAGAAGCGGCAGAUCGGCCUGCCAGCCAACAUCCUGGACGACAGUGAUGAAGGCUCCUUCAGCUCGUCCUCCUCCUCCUCCGGGUCCCAGUCCGACUUCCAGAGCUCCCCGGAGGAGGACAGCGAGCAGGGGCACCGGGGCCGGAGCCGGAGCGACUCCGGGGCGACCUCCAGCGACGACAGCCGCUCCGUGACCCGCAGGAAGCGCUCGUUCCUGGGGGGCGACAACAGCUCGUCGUCCUCCAGCCCCGGAGAGGAGGACUCGUCCCAGGAGGAGGAGGAGGAGCAGGGGGGCAGGAGCCAGACCAAGAGGAUGGUGCAGCCGAGGAAGCGGAUCAGGCUGCAGCGGCAGGACGAGUCUGACUCGGAGCAUGCGGAGGAGAAGCAGAAGGAGGAGGCGGAGAAGGAGAAGAAGAGGCAGAGACACAACAAGCUGCUGGCGCUGUCCAGGAGGAUGAAGGCCCGGCUCCCAAGCCGGAGGAGGAACCGCAUCAAGAAGGGUGCGGGCGAUGGGGACGAGUCCAAAGACGGUGAGGAUGAGGCUGGUGGUGAUGAAGAUGGAGCUGGAGGAGAAAACGGCAACAAUAAACCGGCUGCAGAAGGAGACGGAGAGGAGGAGAAAGACACAGACGAAGAAGAAGAGGAGGAAGAAGAAGAAGAAGAGGAGGAGGGGAAGAAGAAGAAGAAGAAGUAGUUCCACUCCAUGAUUCAGAACAGAGUUUGAAUGUGAAGAACUGAAUACUUAAACGAUCUGAAAAUGACUUCUAGCUGUUACUUUGUACAGUUUUUUCCCCCUGCAGCAUUUAAAACAAAAACACUAAGAACUGGAGUUGCAAGAUUUUCACUCUCAUAUCUUGUUGCUAUAGGAACAGACAUUUGUGAAAUGCAACAAAGAUGUGCAGAUGAUUUUUGACCGCCUAGUUGACCGUUAUUAUGUAUUUGUGAGGGAAGCAGAGCCUGAAAUGGGACGCAGCUUUAGAGCGAUGCUGAGAAAAAAGUGGCUUGUGGAUUUGCCGCUCCUGCUUCAGUGUCGUGAUAACUGUUAGUGGUAAACCCUGCUGAUCUACUGACACAUGACAAGUCAAUUUAGUUUUAUUCAUAUAUCCCAAAGGUGCUUACCCCAGCUGUUGGUCCCGUGUUAAGGCUGAUACAUACUCCACAAGAACAGAGAAAUGUGUUCUCUCUCCCAGGGCUGCAAGAAGAUAAUUUUGUUCUUGCAGCCCUGGGAGAGAAAACACAUUUCUCUGUUCUUGAUACAUCAUCUGAGCCAAACUUUGUUCUUGUGUAGUGUCCAAGAACUAUUGUUUGAUUGGUCAGAAAUUUGAAUGAGACGUGUGCUACAGUGUGAGGGCCCUGUGAGGAGUUCUGCAGUGGAGUUUAUCGUGAAGUAUGAAAUGUCCUGGCCAGAAAUAACUUUCUUGUUCUUGCCACCUGGAGAACAAGAAAUUUCAAAUUUCUAGUGAUGUGUCAGUGAAUCCUAAUGAACCAUUUUCAUUAUUUUCUGAGCCCACUAGAUGGCGCUCUCUGUUCAACAAAGAGCUGAAAGCACACUCAAUCACCAUAGCUUCAGCCUUUUUCUUUAAACCAACAGCACCAUCAAGUAUUCACGAGGCUUCAUUGGCACAUCACUAAAAGGGCUUUACACUGGCAGCUAUUGUGCAAAGCUGGUGUUAAUGUGGACAUGGUAUAAGUUAACAUUGCUAGCUUUAGCUAUCUGCUUUCCCAAUGGAGGGCAAACAAAAUGACGUAAUUUUGAAGGCCAACCCAGAAAUUGGUUUAAAGAAAAAGGCUGAAGCUAUGGUAAUUGAGUGUGCUUUCAGCUCUUUGUUGAACAGAGAGCACCAUCUAGUGGACUAAGAAAAUAAUGACAAUGGUUCAUGAGGCUUCACUGGCACAUCACUACUAGUUAGUGUAGCCUGUUGGACAUAUAGUCAUGGAAAAAAUUAUUAGACCCCACUUGUUUUCUUCAAUUUCUUGUUCAUUUUAAUUCCAUUCCAUGGUUUUCUUGAUAAUAACCAAAAUCAUUAUCAAGAAAACCAUGUUAAAUGUCUAGAUAUCAGCUUUUAAAUUAAUUUCUUAUGAGCUAUUUUUGUCCUAAUUAUUAUUUGUCCAAACAAAUGUACCUUAAGUUGUACCAGGCAUUAAAAUGAUCAGGAAAUUGAAGAAAACAAGGGUGAUCUAAUAAUUUUUUCCAUGACUAUAUGUAAGAAUAUAAGAGGAUUGCCUUUAAUAAGAGGUAUUGUCAGUAGAUCAGCAGCGGCAGCAUACCAAUAACGGUUCAUUCAUAAGUGACAGAUGAGUGUCAUGCCAUCAGACACUUUUUAAUGUCCGGCACGAUGCAGGUCAAGUGUUGGUUCGAGCAGAGCUGCUGCUCCAGAGGCUUUACAUUGUGUUUCUGCUGCUUCAUCAGUGUCAGCUGACUGUUGGCGGGACAGUGAAUUUUGCUUGGCUAAAAAAAACUCGGUGUAAAUGAUGACGACACUGAACCGAUCAAAUAUUCUUUAUCCAUUUAUUGUUAAAUAGUCAAAGGCAACAGAAUGUGUUAAUGAAACCCGGGUGAGGCCCCUGGGUACUGCAGUAUUCACACACAUUCAACGACCCAGCUAACAGCGCUAAAAUCCGUCUGUGUUGCACUUUUCUUCCCUUUUAUUUACUUUUUCUGUUCGUAUAAGAGAUCAAAUCACAGACAGUUUUUUUUUAAAUUGUGACGAAACCACUCUGAGCGGAGGAUCUAGACCGAAUGAUUUCAAGCACAAACUUAUUUUACAGAAGCCUUUUAGUUAGUGAUGUGCCAGUGAAGCCUCAUGAACCAUUGUCAUUAUUUUAUGAGCCCACUAGAUGGUGCUGUUGGUUUAAAGAAAAGGGCUGAAGCUAUGGUAAUUGAGUGUGCUUUCAGCACUUUGUUGAACAGAGAGCACCAUCUAGUGGGCUCAGAAAAUAAUGACAAUGGUUCAUGAGGCUUCACUGGCACAUCACUACUUUUAGUUGUUACUGUUUCAAAGGCAAUGUUUGCAGAAUUUUUUUGGUGGUUUUGUCCAUCUCGUCUGUGAGUUAUCGGUACAUCUGAUCGAGCUUCUGCAAUGUGAGGAUUUGCAGCUUUUUUAAUUUUUUUUCUGUUUUCCAUUGUUGAAUGUAUUUGGCUUUGAACUGUCGGUUUGACAAAAGAAAUACACCUGAAGAUGUCGUCUUGGACUUGGAAAAGUGUCAUUGACAUUCACUUUUUCACUAUUUUCUCACAUUUAACAGCAAGAAAAGAAUUAACUGAGAGAAUAAUUUCCAUGGUGAGUCCAAGUCAGCACAAACAUUCAUUAUUUUUAUAGGAAAGACAUUGUCAACCAUAAAGCAUUCACUUACUUGCUUUAUCCAGUGUAACUGGUUUAGAAUGACCAACUGUAAGUAUGGAAGCUUGGUCAUUGUUCAAGAAAAGUCUCUGGCUUUGGAUGUUAAUGGUCGAGGACCUUUGACUCCUUCCCAGUCGAUGUGACUGGUCUGGAAGCCAGUUGACCAAAAGAUCACCCAGCCUGUGGUGUGGGCUCUAAAAAGUAGUGAUGUGCCAAUGAAGCUUCAUGAACCAUUUUCAUUCUCUGUUCAACAAAGAGGUGAAGGCAUGCUCAAUAACUAAUGCAUUAGCCUUUUUCUUUGAGCCCACUAGAUGGUGCUAUUGGUUUAGACAAUAAUGAAAAUAGUUCAUGAGGCUUCAUUGGCACAUCACUACUAAAAAAACCUCCAAAGACGGUGCAUGUAUUGUAAAAACAAAACAAAAAACAACUUACAGUCAUGGAAAAAAAUAUUGGAGCACCUUUUUUUUCAAUUUCUUGUUCAUUUUAAUGCCUGGUACAACUAAAGGUACAUUUGUUUGGACAAAUAUAAUGAUAACACAAAUAGCUGAUAAGAGUUUAAUUGAAAAGCUGAUAUCUAGACAUUUAACAUGGUUUUCUUGACAAUAACCAAAAUCAUUAUCAAGAAAACCAUGGAAAAUGGUAAAUUAAACUCUUUUUUUUUAAAUAUAGCUAUUGGAUAGCUAUUUUAAUUAUUAGUAUAUUUGUCCAAACAAAUGUACCUUUAUUUGUACCAGGCGUUUAAAAUGAACAAGAAAUCGAAGAAAACAAGGCUGGUCCAAUAAUUUUGUCCAUGAAUGUAGAAAUAACCUAAGAGUUUGGAGGUUCUUCUUACCCUAAACUCACAGAUCCCAAAAAAACUUUAUAUUUUCCAGUGAAAUGUCAUCAUAGCUGACAGGAAAGAUGGACGGAACUAUCAGAAUAAAAUUAAAAUAAACAUUUUCAUACAUACAUGUCAUCAGAGAUGCUUUUUGCACUUGCUGAGAGCAUUUAACUUAUGUUAAUGUAAACAUAUAAAUGUAACAGCAGAAGAAACAGUGUUUUUAGAUUUAAUUUGGGCAGCCCCCUUUAAAAACUAUCCUUGUAUUUUUCUAUUUAUUUAUUUCUCUAAAGUCUGUUACAGUGCUGCAGUUGUGUGCUGAUGUAUGAAUUGGACAAAUAAUGUCCCUGAUCAGAAGUUCCUUUUUAGAUAGUCCCUUCAUUCCUUGUUGCCUUCUCCUCUUUUCUCCCUUCUUUUGGUCUUUUCCUGCUUCUUUUUUCCGUUUCUUCUACUGUGUAAUAGUGUAUUUAAGUCCAGUCAUAUAGACAGGGAAAAAAGACUCCCGUAAUUAUAAGCUCAGCCUGUUUUUGCAGAUAUUUGAGCUUUGACAGCUGCAAGUAAGCUACUAUCUGGUAAGAAACUGAGCUGUAAAUGUUUUUUAUGACCAGUUUUCAGUCUGCUGUUCCAGCUGAAUCUACAGAGGGUGAAGAGCCUUGUGGCCUUUUUUUGCUUUUUGCUCAACGAGUGGACUCUGUAGUCAUGAAAAGUGCACACACGUCAUGGUUGUUGUGAUCUGUUGCUGUAUAAAGCUCUUCAGACCAACCUGCCCCAUUGAAAACACCUCUUUUAUUAUAAUAAAGUUUCUUUUUUUGACCAACAAA